ACCGUCAUCUCAUCAAUUCAAUCUCUCUGAUUAGCGACACUGUCCUAUAGCGUUGCCCAGACCACAGAGCAGGGAAGAUGAUGUGCGAGGUGAUGCCGACCAUCAGCGAGGGAGACACGGGUGGUCCUCCCAGAGGCACCGGUGGCGUCCCGAACGGCUCAGACCAGGAGGCCAACUUCGAGCAGCUGAUGGUCAACAUGCUGGACGAGAGGGACAAGCUGCUGGAGUCCCUCAGGGAGACUCAGGAGACCCUCAUUCAGUCUCAGACUAAACUGCAGGGGGCGCUGCACGAGAGGGACGUACUCCAGCGGCAGAUCAACGCCGCGCUGCCUCAGGAGUUUGCCACCCUGACGAAGGAGCUGAACAUAUGCCGGGAGCAGCUGCUGGAGAAAGAGGAGGAAAUAUCUGAGCUGAAAGCUGAAAGGAACAACACCAGGCUGCUGUUGGAGCACCUGGAGUGUCUGGUGUCUCGUCACGAACGCAGUCUGAGGAUGACAGUGGUGAAGAGGCAGGCACCUCCUCCAUCUGGAGUCUCCAGCGAGGUGGAGGUCCUCAAAGCCCUGAAGUCGCUGUUUGAACACCACAAGGCUCUUGAUGAAAAGGUACGUGAGAGGCUUCGGGUGGCUCUGGAGAGGGUGGCCACCCUGGAGGGACAACUAGCAAAUACCACACAAGAGUUGAACAUUGUGAGACAAAGGAAGGACGGUGACUCAGUGGAGCGAACAGAUGGAUCCAAACCUACAUGGAAGAGACUGCCCAACGGCUCCAUAGACGCCCACGAUGAAGGCAGCCGGGCAUCGGAGCUUCAGGAGCUGCUGGAUCGGACCAAUAAGGAGCUGGCCCAGAGCCGCGAGCACUCUACCACUCUCAGCGCCCGUUUGGCCGAGCUCGAGGCCGAGCUCGCAAAUGCACGUCGAGAACUGAGCCGAAGCGAGGAGCUGUCACUCAAACAACAGAGGGAACAGAGAGAGAGGGAGGAUAUGGAAGAGAGAAUAACAACAUUAGAGAAGCGCUACCUGGCUGCUCAGCGGGAGACCACACACAUCCACGACCUCAACGACAAACUGGAGAAUGAACUGGCCACCAAGGACUCACUGCACCGACAGAGCGAGGAGAAGGUGCGCCAGCUGCAGGAGAUGCUGGAGAUGGCGGAGCAGAGGCUGGCUCAGACCAUGAGGAAGGCCGAGACACUGCCAGAGGUGGAAGCUGAACUGGCACAGAGAGUGGCUGCACUUUCCAAGGCUGAGGAGCGACAUGGCAACGUGGAAGAGCGGCUCAGACAGCUGGAGUCACAACUGGAGGAGAAGAACCAAGAGCUAGGAAGGGCUCGUCAGAGAGAGAAAAUGAAUGAGGAGCACAACAAGCGUUUGUCUGACACCGUGGAUCGUCUGCUCACCGAGUCCAAUGAAAGACUGCAGCUCCAUUUGAAAGAACGCAUGGCUGCCCUGGAAGACAAGAACUCCCUUAUUCAGGACCUCGAGAACUGCCAGAAACAGCUUGAAGAAUUCCACCAUACCAGGGAACGGCUGAUCGGAGAGAUUGAGAAGUUGAGAAAUGAGAUUGACCAUUUGAAACGCCGCAGCGGGGUGUUUGGCGAUGGAACCCACCCUCGGUCUCACCUGGGUAGCUCCAGCGACCUUCGCUUCUCCGUGGUGGAGGGCCAAGACGGCCACUACAGCACAACUGUGAUCAGGCGGGCACAGAAGGGCAGACUGUCUGCGCUUCGGGACGACCCAAACAAGGACUAUCCAUCUCUGCGUGGGAGCGUCAGCCAUCUCCUCGGCAGCGACAUCGAGGCAGAGUCAGACCUGGAUGAUGACGUUAGCUCGGCCCUGCUUUCCCCCAGCGGCCAAUCAGAUGCUCAGACUCUCGCUCUCAUGCUGCAGGAGCAGCUUGACGCUAUCAAUGAAGAGAUAAGGAUGAUCCAGGUGGAGAGGGAGUCAGCAGACCUCCGCUCUGAUGAGAUUGAAUCUCGCGUGAACAGCGGCAGCAUGGACGGACUCAAUGUGACACUUCGACCCCGGGCCCUACCCACCUCCGCCACUGCCCAGUCCCUGGCGUCAUCCUCCUCCCCGCCCACCAGUGGCCAUUCCACACCCAAACACCACUCACGCAAUGCCAGCCACCAUCUAGGCAUCAUGACUCUGCCAAGCGACUUGAGGAAACACCGCAGGAAAGUAGCAUCUCCUGUGGAAGUGGACAAAGCUACUAUCAAGUGUGAGACAUCGCCUCCCUCGUCCCCCCGCAGUUUACGGCUGGAAACCAAUUUUGCCCAGUUCACGGGCAGUCUAGAGGAUGGCCGAGGUAAGCAGAAGAAAGGCAUCAAAUCAUCCAUUGGCCGAUUGUUUGGGAAGAAGGAGAAGGGUCGAAUGGAGCAGACUGUUGGCAGGGAUGGACAGCCCAUACCAGCCUUAACAGACUUUGAGAUGGGCAUUGGUGACACAAUGACUCUUGGAAAACUGGGCACACAGGCUGAGAGGGACCGCAGGAUGAAGAAAAAACACGAGCUUCUAGAAGACGCCAGGAAAAGAGGCCUGGCAUUUGCCCAGUGGGACGGCCCUACUGUCGUCUCCUGGCUAGAGCUGUGGGUGGGUAUGCCGGCGUGGUAUGUGGCAGCAUGUCGUGCCAACGUGAAGAGCGGAGCCAUCAUGUCAGCUCUGUCAGACACAGAGAUCCAGCGGGAGAUUGGCAUCAGCAACCCUCUGCACCGACUCAAACUCCGCUUGGCCAUCCAGGAGAUGGUCUCCCUCACCAGCCCGUCUGCACCACUUACCUCCAGAACGUCCUCCGGAAAUGUGUGGGUGACUCAUGAAGAGAUGGAGAACCUGGCUUCCUCCACUAAAGCGACUCUGGCGUAUGGUGACAUGAAUCAUGAGUGGAUAGGGAACGAGUGGCUGCCCAGCCUCGGUCUGCCUCAGUACCGCUCAUACUUUAUGGAGUGUCUGGUGGACGCACGCAUGCUGGACCACCUGACCAAAAAGGACCUGAGGAGCCACCUCAAGAUGGUGGACAGCUUCCAUAGGGCUAGUCUGCAGUAUGGGAUUAUGUGCUUGAAGAGGCUCAAUUAUGACAGGAAAGACCUGGAGCGCCGGAGAGAGGACAGCCAACACGACAUGAAAGAUGUGUUGGUGUGGACCAACGAGCAGGUGAUCCACUGGGUCCUGUCCAUUGGUUUGAGGGAGUAUAGCGGCAACCUGUUGGAGAGCGGCGUACACGGAUCGCUCAUCGCACUGGACGAGACCUUCGACUACAGCAGCCUAGCGCUCAUCCUGCAGAUCCCUAUGCAGAACACACAGGCACGGCAGGUUCUGGAGAGGGAGUUCAACAACCUGUUAGCCUUGGGGACAGACCGUCGACUAGAGGAGAGUGGGGAUGACAAGUCAUUUCGACGCUCUCCAUCGUGGCGCAAGAGGUUUCGGGCACGUGAGGGAGGGGCGGGGCUGGGGAUGAUGGCGGGUUCCAUGGAAACACUGCCUGCUGGCUUCCGUAUGCCCUCCAUGUCCAUGCCACCCUCUGUGAAUUUGAUGCCCAAGAAACAGCUCCAGCCUGAAGUGCAUUCUCAUUACCUAUACGGACACAUGCUUGCGGCCUUUUGAGAGUGAUAUGCCAAAUCCGGAGAGGGAGUCCUGGGUGCAAUCGAGGCGGGGAUCUUCGCCCCUUUGCUGCCCAGCCUCACCUCCCACCUUUCACCUCUCACUUCUCCUUCGGACACGUGCAAUACAGAGGUCAACUCUGACCUUUGAACUCUGAGAGUGCUCAUUGGCUGUGCUCGCUGCUGUAAAAGGAGACUCAUCCCGUCUCUCCCAGUUUACCCCAGUGCUCCCAGUAGCCUAGUUGUUGUGGUGUUGUGCUCCUGCUCCCCUGGUCUCAGCUGUGGGUUCUUGUCCUGGUUCAAAUCUCUCAACAUGGCCAAGUCCAAACCAAUCCUCCUGUGUCAUCCCGUCCUAGGCAACACAAAAGUUGUUUUGUAAAAAAGAUUUCAAGGGAUGGUGGCAAGUCGUUGAUUUGGACUUAGGAAUUAUGAAUACUUGUAUAAAUGGCAGAUCCCACUGCACAUUGCCCCUCUACCGGUUAUGCAAGGUAUUACUCAUUUAUCGUCUCUGUACAUAAAAUGGAUGACUUAUGUUUUUUAUAGAAAUAUUAUAUAUAUAUAUAUAUAUAUAUAUAUAUAUAUUGGAAAUAUAUAUGGAAAAUAAUAUAAUAUCAUUGCUGUAUGAAACCCAAUGCCCUGUAUUCGAUAGUGACUGUUCUCUCUCUCUCUUUCUCUUUCUUUCUCUUUCUCUUUCUCUCUGUGUCGGACCUUUGUGUGUCUUUUGCCGUAUGCUGUAAGUGUGUGAAUCGUUAGUGGGUGGGUCUCACUAAGGAGGGGGUGUGUUUCUACAAGGACUCUUCACAGGUUCAUGGGUCCAAUUUCAGACUUGUCUCUUGGCCUCUUCUCCUGUUCUUUCCUUUUUCCCUCCUCCUCUUUUGACACUAUGUAGCUGUUAUCUCUCCUCUCUUCGCCUCUCUCGCCUUCAGUAUGACACUAUGUAGCCUAGAAUAGAGAGAAUCCUUUAAUAUGAAGUUUGAGUCUGUGUCUGUGUGUGUGUGUGUGUGUGUGUGUGUGUGUGUGUUUGUCUGUGUGUGAGCAAACGAAUCUCUCUGCUCGAGACUUGUAGAGAAGCUGCGUGUGAAAGGCCGACCCCAGCCAUGUGACCAUGAGUUCUCUCUGUGGGUGGGUAGUGUGAACACUUUAGCUCCUCUCUGUUGACUCCUGACUUUCUCUCAAAUCAAACCGUGAACUGCUGCUCAACAUCAGCCAAUGAUAUACACGUAAAACUGUUCUAAGUGACGGACUCGUCUAAUCCUGCUCCGUCACCUCCCAUUUCUUUGCCAUGGAGACGUGCCAGUGAGCAGCCAGUACUCUCGGCCGACAAACUCCUCAUCCAAUGAGAACACAGCAUAUGAACCAGUGAAGUACUGGAUGGGUGUCCAAUCUUUUAUUUAUUAUUUUUUAUUUCACAGUUUUUUCCAAGGUGUCUAAAAGGUGUAAUGUGCUAUGUGGCAGCUAUGAGUACUGUGUCUUUAUUCCAGGUGUGAAACAAUGCUGACAAAUCAAGAUUUUAUUAUUUGGCUAUUUAAAAAAGUGAACUGUAUUUAUGACACUAUAUAGACAUAAGUAAAGCUGUUUUUUAAAGAUUUG